AUGUUCUGCGGCUGCGCCACACUCGGCUGGGGCAAGGCGCCCCCCACCUCGAGGCGUAGACCGUGGACGGCCCCGCGGGACGUCCGUGGGCGAGCGGCGGCGAUUCGCGUCAACUCGCGCUACGGAGACGUGACGCGCGUGGGCUUGCACUUGCCACCUCGCAGCAAGGAUCCCAAAGAGCAACUUCGACUGCGCAUCGCCAUCGAGCAGACAAGCAGUUUCGCCAUGCAUGUUGUGGCCUCGCUUCGCUCGCGCACGGUCCCGGUUGCGGCUGCGGACGUGAACGGUGGCAUCGGGCGCUGCAGGGGCCAGCGCGCCGUUGCGGACGUCGAUUCGAGCGUCGUCGGGCCACGCGGCACGGGCGAAGAGUACUUCGCAGGCGCCCCGUCGAAGGCCGCGUUUGGUUCCGAGUUCGGACAGCGGGUAUCUUUCGAGGGGGUCUUCCGCGGGAGCGCGUCGCACUGCUGCGGCGGCUUCCUGGGGGGCUCAGAGGUUGGCGACCUCGGGGAGAGCUACCUGCGGUGGUGGCUGGCCCUCGACACGAUCCCGAUCGCCAGCGAAGGGUUCGGGGUGCAGAACCUCGUCAGUCCUGUGUGCGUUUUGUUCCGGCGCCGGGGGCGGCUGAGCUGGGACACCUCGGACUCCGACGUUGCGAAAGAAACGGUGGAGGCGUCGCUCCACCUGCGCCUGCCUCCCAAGAUGGAGGACAUGCGCUCUAACUUCAUGGAGUUGGCCAUCCACUCUUUGGCGAUGCCGCCCGAACAGCUAAAGGGGGACCUCACCGAACUGUUCCCUCGCCAGCGUCUCCUGGUGGAGAAAUGCACUUUUCUCGCGAGUGCUGAAACGGUCAAAGUGCGCGACGACCCGGAGGCGACGAUCCAGGCGCUGGCUGCCAAGCUCCGGACAUGGGCGCCUCUGGAUUCCAGGAGCGACAUGGGUGAACCCGGCCUCGUUUCGCAGCUCCCCCACGGCCCGAAAAGGGCACAGAAGAACAAGGGCGACAGGUUCGUCGUGAGAGAUUUGGUACGACCGCACAGCGUAUCCACGGAGUCUGUCAAUGGAACGGCGGGCUGUCGCGACUUCGUCGAGUCCAGGUGGAGUUCUUGGGCGCGGGCCGAGCUCUACUUCUACAUCUUCGAGGCCCCGCCGUUUCUCCAGCCGCUCAAUUGCACGGCGCCGAGGGCUCAGCAGGUGCGCGACCAGCUGCUGGAGGUGACCGGCGCUGCAGAUGGGGGGCGGCGCGCGCGCAGAUGCCGCGGCGCCGCGACGGGCGCCGGCCGCCAGUUUCUGGUCUGCAGCGCCACGCUGCGCCCAGGGCGCUCAAGGAAGCUCGGCCGCCUGGGCGCCGCCCGCGGCGAUUGCGGCCCCGACGUCGCCGUCGGCUCUCCGACCGCGAUCCUCUUGGGGAAUUGCGCCGCGACGCCGUGCAUCUACGAGGGCCUCGGGCUGCACCUGAGCAUCUCCUUCCAGUACAGGCUCCUUCCCGAUGAGCUCCACAAGCUUUACAGGCUCACGAACACUCAGUACGAGAUGCUCUUCACACGGAUCGCCCGCGACCAGAUGCUGGAGGCGGCCUCGCAGUACGAGGGCCCGCAGUAUUGGCUGCAGCGGCACGAGAUCGGCAACAGGAUGAAGGGCCUCGUGAGCCAGCAGCUGAGGGACUCCUACGCUGACCUGUGGGGCUUGCAGCUUCUGGUGAUCGACCUGCCCGACCGGUACGAGCAGUCGAUCACCAUGACGCAGGUGCAGCAGCAGCUGAUCAAGACGCGGACCAACCAGCAGGCCGCCGCCAGUAUCCGCGCGGACACGGAGGUCAUGAAGGCCGAUUUCGAUUCGAAAGUGCAGGCCCUGCCGGGCCGCAGGCGAACUACACGCUGGAGACGCGCAUGGCCGAGGCGGCAGAACCCCACGGACGGCGCGCCCCUCGCAGGGCGGUGGAGAACGUUGAGCAGAUCGUCGAGAAGAUGGGUGUUGAGGAUUACCCACCAUGGACUCCUCGAACAAGAGGGAGCUCAGGAUAAGGCAGCUGCUGGAGAGAGACCUGGACGUGCCCUCGUGGCACGAGCGGCUCGCUGCCUUCCAGGAGUCUCUCCACCUUCGAGGCAGACCAGGUGGCCCGCUGUGGCGACAAGCUGGUGGACCACGCCCUGCGCGACGCGGUGGUCGAGGUGCGGCAGGCGGCCAUGCCCCGGGUGUUGCCAAAUGUGUCCGUGGCCCAGGGAGCGGGUUGAGAAGUUCGCGCUCCGCGUAGCCGCCGAGGGCCUGGGCGACAAGGACAGGAAGGUGCGGGCCGCUGCCGCAGAGGCGCUGGGCGCGCUGGGGCGCGAGGUGGCCGGCCCACACCUCGACGGGGUGGUGGGACUGUGUGCGGACAGGUCUUCGCAGGUCCGCAGGGCAGCCGCCCGGGCCGCCGGGCGGAUCGGCGAGCCGGCCGUCGAGCUCAUCGAGCAGCUGGUCGCCGUGCUCCGGGACUACGAGUCGGAGGUGCGGGCCGCCGCCGCCGAGGGCCUCGGGGCGCUGGGCGUCGGCAGGUUCCUGGUCAAGGGAGAGUCCGAGAUCGACGACAGGGAGAUUGACAUCGGCCUGAAGCUGGCCGCCGCGGUGCAGAACGACACGUCCUUCAGCGUCCGCAGUGCGGCCUGCACAGCGCUGGCCUCCAUAGACGAGGGGAGCCGUUUCUCGGAGGUGCUGCUGAUCCCGGAGGAGAGAAGACGCGCUGGACGACCCGCAGGCCCAGGUGCGCGCGGCGGCCGGCGCCGGGCUGGUCGCGCUCGGCGCAGGGCGCGGGCUGCACGUGGUCGACCUCACGCAGGCGCUGCGCGGCAGCGCGGACGCGGCCGGGAGGCGGCGCGCGGCUGCGGAGGCGUUGGCGCUGCAGGGCGGGGCCGCCGUGCUCGCGGCGGACAGCCUGGCUGCGUCGCUGCGCGACGACCCCGACGAGGAGGUCCGGGUGUCUGCGGCGCUGGCUCUGCGGGCGAUGGGCAGGGCCGCCGCCGAUAA